CGGACACGACCCUCUCUGGAGCUUGGACAGCUGCCCACCUUGGACUCUGCACCGGACACUGCCCCCCACAGGGCUGGACACUACAACGGACACUACUUCCCAGCUCCGGACAUUGCUCCAUCUUUCCCCCUGGGUUCUGGACGCUUUUCCCCCUCCCCCUUCGGGGGCCCAGACACUGAGCCCCCCGCAGGCUCUAGCUAACAGCCCCUUGGACCCCAGCGCCAGACACUGCCUCCUCCCGGUUCCCUUCUCCCUUCCCCUCCACCCGCCUCAUCUUUCCUCCCGUUCGGGUCGGAGCACCGCCAGUUUUACGACCCCCUGCAGCUCGGCCGCCGGCUGCCGGCUCUCCCAUCCCCCGGCUGCUCGCCCGGAUGCCUCUCCCCGGGGGAUUGUGGUGGCUCCUCUGCUGCCGUCGAGGCUUUACUCUUCUGCACCGGGACUACGGGGACGGCGAGCUUAGCGGGGACGGAGACGAGGACGAGGACGAGGAGACCUUUGAACUACGGACCCCAAGUCCAGCGGGCGGCGGGAGGGGCCCCUUGGACGUGACGCUGACUCAACCGGUGAGGAGCGGGCCCAUCUCAGACAGGCUGCAGAGCUGGGAGGAGACGCGGAGCCUCAUCCCGGAGAAGGGGCCACUGGAGGAGGACGCGGAUGUUGUGGUGAAAGGUUGGUUGUACCGCGAGCCCCGUGGACGAGGGGCUCGGCCCUGGUUGCCCCCACGCCGGGCCUGGUUCGUCCUCACCCGGGACUCCCUGGACCAGUUCAGCAGCAGCGGGAAGGGGGCGCGGCGCUUGGGGAGCCUCGUGCUCACCAGCCUGUGCUCGGUGACCGGCCCGGAGCGCAGGCCCAAGGAGACGGGUCUGUGGUUAGUGACCGUGUCUGGCCGGAAGCAUAGUGUCCGGCUCUGCUCCCCGCGUCAGGCCGAAGCUGAGCGCUGGGGGGUGGCGCUACGAGAAGUGAUCGCCUCCAAGGCCCCGCUGGAGACCCCCACCCAGCUGCUGCUCAGGGACAUUGAGGAGAGUUGCGGGGAUCCAGAGGCCGUGGCCCUCAUUUACCGCCGGAACCCUAUUCUGAGGCACACCAGUGGGGCCCUGUAUGCCCCACUUCUGCCCCUGCCCUAUGGAGCCAGCGCCCCAGGUCCUGGCUACGCACCCUUGCGUGAGGAGGCGGUCCGGCUGUUCCUGGCGCUGCAGGCCCUGGAGGGGGCGCGGCGCCCCGGGCCCCUGAUGCAGGGUGUACUCCAGACCUGCCGGGACCUGCCCGCUCUUCGCGACGAACUCUUUCUGCAGUUGGCUAAGCAGACCUCGGGCCCCGCGGGCCCCCCCGGGCUCCCGGCUACCCAAGACCCCGCGGCCCUCCGGUACUGGCAGCUCCUUACCUGCAUGAGUUGUACCUUCCGGCCUGGCGGAGCGGUACGCGGGCAUCUCCUGGGACAUCUGGAGAGGACGGAGCAGGCGCUCCCGGACUCGGAGCUGGCGGAAUAUGCGCGCUUCAUCCGCAGAGCGCUGGGCCGGACUCGCGGCCGAGAGCUGGUGCCCUCCCUGGCAGAGAUUUCCGCGCUGAGCCGACGGCAAGAGCUGCUGUGCACCGUGCACUGCCCGGGGGCUGGUGCCUGCCCGGUGGCCAUAGACUCCCACACCACAGCGUCGGAGGUUGCUCGGGAGCUGGUGGGGCGGCUGGGCUUGGCCCGAAGCCGCAACGCUUUCGCGCUGUACGAGCAGCGAGGGGCCCAGGAGCGAGCCCUGGCUGGGGGGACUCUCAUGGCCGACGUGCUCACCAGGUUUGAGAAUUUGGCGGCCGAGGAAGCCGCGGCGCUGGAAGACUCGCCGGACGCGGGUUGGAGACUGUGUCUCCGUCUGCACGGACCUCUGCGCCCCGAGGGGCUGUCCCCGGACGGUCACGAGCUGCCUUUCCUCUUUGAGCAGGAGCCUGGUGGGGGUGCUCCACAGAAGCUAUGCCUGGGCCUGGGAGCCAAGGCCAUGUCCCUCUCCCGACCCGGUGAGACACAGCCCAUCCACAGUGUCAGCUAUGGUCACGUGGCCGCCUGCCAGCUGAUGGGCCCCCAUACCCUGGCACUGAGGGUGGGAGAGAGCCAGCUCCUCCUGCAGAGUCCCCAGGUGGAAGAGAUCAUGCAGCUGGUGAAUGCCUACUUGGCUAACCCCUCCCCCGAGAGGCCCUGCAGCAGUCCUUCUUCUUCAUGCCAAGACCUGCCAGACAGCUCCCCUCCCAGCCAGCACCCGGGCCUGGACGAGCCCCAGGGACACUCUGGCUGUUUGGGGCAGCUGCCGAAAUGAGCCUGCCAAGAGGUCAUGACCUCCCUUCCAUCUCCAGCCUGGAUCUGGACUGCUCUGAGAUUUGAGGGAACCAUGGACCCUUUUAGCCCUGCAGGGACAGGGCAUACCCCACACCCAAGGGCAGCAAUGGGUGCAGACAAUUUUCUAGUUUGUUUCCUAAUUUAUUUGUAGAAGAGAAGCAAAAAAAAAAAAAAAAUCCUUAUUUACA